UCUCCUAUCAGUUUAUGCUUAAGAAUUUCGAUAACAAGUAAAGAAAAACAAAGUUUCAUCAAUGGCAAAUUCGUUGAAGGCAAUCGUCCUCCUGGCCUCGUCUGUCUGCUUCUUGUCCCUCCUCGUCGGGACCACUCUCGCCGAUUCCCGCUUCUUCGUGGAGGGCAAGGUCUACUGCGACACCUGCCGCACGCAGUUCGAAACCAGAGUCAGCGAGUAUAUGGAAGGGGCUAAGGUGCGCCUUGAGUGCAGAGAUCGUGAAGGCGGAAGCCUGACAUACAGUGUCGACGGCACCACUAGUGCAAACGGAACAUACCACCUCCCUGUGGACGGAGAGCACGAGGAGGAGAUAUGUGAGAUCGUACUCGUGAAGAGCAGCAUGGAAGGGUGCGAUGAGGUCAGCCAGGACACAUACUUGAGGAAGAGCGCCAAGAUCAAUCUCACAUCCAACAACGGCAUCUCCUCUCCCGUUCGAAUAGCAAAUCCCCUCGGUUUCAUGAAGAAGGACCCCCUCUCGGAGUGCGCUGAGGUACUUAGGGAACUCGGCAUGACUGCUGACGGUGUCGCAUAAACAAGGGCACAUAGACAUCAUCGAUGCCUAUAUUUUUGUACCUAAAUAAAUUAGAAUGUUGCAUGUUAAGAGUUACGACAAGGGGUUUUUGAACCCAAAUAACCAAGCAUUUUGGCCAAGCUUGGAUUUGUAGGGCGGGCAAAAGUCCUUUUACUCUUUACUUCAUGGUAGUCGAUAUGCUAAUGUACUGCCAGCAUUUUGGCCAUAGUUCCUCGUACGUACAAGAGUUAAAAUUUUUCACU